AUAACAUGUUAAAUUGCGAACAGAUUACGCCACAUUUAAUUGUAAUUUGUACUCCUCUAUAUCAGCUUGCGUUGAAUUUACGCUUAAAUCUUUACGGUUUCCUGUCAGGUUAGCUGUCAUGACGAUGCUACAUGGUUGUUAGCAGGCAAGCUAACCAUAAAUCCACUUUUUGCCUUGUUAGCUAUAUUUAUUUGUUGUGUUUAUGGAUCGUCUAAGCGUUUAAUCGUAGUCUAUCUCUGAUGGUUAAAUAUAAACGUGUUUAAAAGUAAUGCUAAAUAGUUUAAAACCUCGUUUAAAACUGGCUUGCCUCUUUGCCUGAAAUUUGUGCAGCUAUCGAAAACUAAACACAUUUCCAUCAUGGAGCUGCAGCACAUAUAACUUUAAUUUGGAGUCAUGCCCCUCAUGAGCCUCAGUACGUCAACAAAUCUUGGAUGGUAAACAGUCCUGUUGUAUUCCCGGUAAUGUUGUGGCUUGAAUUGCGUUUGUGAUUAAAUUUAACCCCUGCUUUUAUGUCUAGAAUAGCUAAACGACAUGGAAAAGAUGAAAACGACACAAUCUUGUAAAGUGACAUUUGUUGACUACGUUUCACACACAUUGUUGCACUUAAUGCUGCCUUGACCUCUUUACAGCACAGCUUUAAAUGAGACUUAUGACUUUAAAAGAUAUAAAACUCAUAUGGUCCAAACAAAACAUGUUGAUGAACUUCUUUGGAUGUCAUAAGGCAAUUUCAGCACUUUCAUACUUGACAGUUUCAGCACCUUCCAAAAUGAGCCAUUUCAGGGGUCUGACACAUCCAUAGGCGGUUAUUAUACCACUAAAGCCUAAUUUAUACUACUCCCGCGCCGUGAUGGAGAUGUGCACGCAUUAACAGAGAUGUUUUGCUCUCAGACUUCUCCAACAGCUGGGGAUCGUCCAGGACAAGAGAGUGGGUAGCGCUGUUCUGAGGUAUCCUGCCACCAUUACAGUCACAUACCCGGUCCACGAUAGUGUGUUUACUAUUGCGUUUACAUUGUUUUAAUGUAUUUCUGAGACUUUUGAACUCGGAACAAAUAUGUCCCCCAUCCACCUCUUUAUCAGAUCGGCACCUUUUAACCCACGUUUCUCGUCUUUUCUGUCCACAAAUAAGACGCUCGCUACAUAUUUUUGUACUCCUUUAGUCACUGCUGAAUAAACGUUUAUUUUUUCAUACUUUUUCCCGUGAUGCACUCUUGAGUCUGCCGCUAAAUAUCUUUUUAUUUUUUGAGGGGGGAAAAGCAGUGCUGUUGACGAAUGUAUAGGAAGCAGCACCCUGACCAAUCACAAUCUUUCGACAGAUAAUUAAAAAUUGGUGUAUGUUUCUGUCACCUACCGCGAGCCCAACAGAGAGCUUUUGUGUGAAGCAUAAUGGCAUUGUGUGUCUCCGCAAAGACAGAGAAUUAUAAAUUAGGCUUUACACACUAGCAUCGGCUCCGCCCCACUCCCUCCAGCCUGGCCGCGUUUGUUCCACACUGCCUUAGGAAUGCGGACAUGAUUGAGCACAUGGGCUGUGGUCUGUGAUGUCAUGAGCGCAUCUCCGAGCACGUGGGCGGGUAACAAGAGCGCAGGGAAGUCCGUGGUGUCUCCAUUAUUAAAUUAAAGUGGCCUGAGCAGUCUUGCUUCUGGAGGCUCUCUGACUCUGAUUUUGCAUUCUGCUUUGUUGUGUCUGGAAGCUGUGUGUGUGUGUGUGCGUGUGUGUGUGUGUGCUUCUCACAGCAGGGAGAGCCAAAAAGAACAGCUUCAGUCAGAGGCUCAUUAACUCCACAUCAUCCAGAAUGAUAAUGGGGAAGCCCCGUGGGAUGAUUCUAUGCCAGUCGGAGGCUCCCUCUAAUGGGUCUGUUUCAUGUAGCCCACCAUGGCACCAGGGGAUGUGGUGCCAAAUCAUGCCAAGCAACUGAAAUCCAAGGAGAAGCGUCCAGGAAGCAGGGCGUUCAAAGCGGAAUGUGAGCCUGAUGGGUCUUUUGUCUUUGAGGCCAAUGAAGCCUGGAAGGACUUCCAUAAUUCUCUCAGGCAUUUCUACGAAGUUGGAGAGCUCUGUGACGUAACGCUGAAGGUUGGCAGUAGGUUGAUACCAUGUCACAAGCUUGUACUUGCUUGUGUUAUCCCUUACUUCAGGGCAAUGUUCCUGUCAGAUAUGUCAGAGACCAAACAGGAACUCAUAGAGAUAAAAGACUUUGAUGGAGAUGCCAUCCAGGACUUGGUGCACUUUGCAUAUUCCUCCAAACUGACAUUAACUGUGGACAACGUGCAGCCCUUGCUUUAUGCUGCCUGCAUCCUUCAGGUUGAGUUGGUGGCUAGAGCCUGCUGCGAGUACAUGAAGGCCCACUUUCACCCCACCAACUGCCUGGCGGUCCGAACCUUCGCUGAGAGCCACAAUCGUGUUGACCUGAUGGACAUGGCUGACCGCUACGCCUGUGAGCACUUCACUGAGGUGGUGGAAUGUGAGGACUUCACGUGUGUGUCGCCUCAACACCUACGUACCUUGCUGUCCUCCAGUGACCUGAACAUCCACUCUGAGACAGAGGUGUACAAUGCAGCGGUGAAAUGGCUGAAAGCAAACCCGCAGCACCAUGAAGCCUGGCUGGACCAGAUCAUGUCUCAGGUGCGGCUUCCAUUGCUGCCUGUGGAGUUCCUGACAGGAACAGUUGCAAAAGACGAGAUGAUCAAAAGUAACCUGAACUGCCGUGACCUGAUGGAUGAAGCCAGGAACUACCACCUCCACCUCAGCAACAAGGCGGUUCCAGACUUUGAGUAUUCAUUCCGCACCGUCCCCCGGAAGCAUACCGCAGGGGUCCUCUUCUGUGUUGGAGGCCGGGGAGGUUCUGGUGACCCUUUUCGUAGCAUUGAAUGCUACUCCAUCUCCAAGAACAGCUGGUUCUUUGGUCCAGAAAUGAACAGCAGGCGGCGCCACGUGGGCGUGAUCUCCAUCGGAGGCAAAGUUUAUGCUGUUGGAGGUCAUGAUGGAAAUGAACACUUGGGAAACAUGGAGAUGUUUGACCCGCUCACUAACAAGUGGAUGAUGAAAGCCUCUAUGAACACUAAAAGGAGGGGUAUAGCCCUGGCAGCUCUCGGGGGUCCUAUAUAUGCUAUCGGUGGUCUGGAUGACAACUCCUGCUUCAAUGAUGUGGAGCGUUACGACACUGAAGAUGACAGCUGGAGUGCUGUGGCUCCAAUGAACACGCCCAGAGGAGGGGUCGGAUCUGUGGCAUUAGGGAGUUACGUGUAUGCAGUCGGAGGAAAUGAUGGCGUGGCAUCACUCUCCAGCGUGGAACGGUUUAAUCCUCACCUCAACAAGUGGAUGGAGGUCAGCGAGAUGGGCCAGCGGCGGGCUGGAAACGGCGUCAGCAAACUCAAUGGCUGCCUUUAUGUAGUGGGUGGCUUUGAUGACAACUCUCCCCUGAGCUCUGUGGAGCGUUUUGACCCUCGGAUGCACUGCUGGGAGUACGUCUCUGAGCUCACCACCCCACGCGGUGGCGUCGGAGUGGCCACUGUCAUGGGAAGAGUGUUUGCAGUCGGGGGACACAAUGGAAACAUUUACUUGAACACAGUGGAGGCUUUUGAGCCUCGAAUGAACAGAUGGGAACUGGUGGGUUCUGUGUCUCACUGCCGGGCCGGAGCUGGAGUCGCAGUGUGUUCGUCUCACGUCAGCCAAGUCCGGGACAUCGGUCAGGGCUCCAGCAACGUGGUCAACUGCAUGUGACGACACCUCCACGAUUCACCUGGUGACCGACUGCCAGGUCACCCGUCAGAUCUGAUCGCAGCAGAAGCACACAACACAAAGCACACCACAUGACGGUAGCGUCAUUACUGACCAGCUCCACGGUGAGUGCCAGUGUUUAGUUAAGGCCUAAGAACAUCUAAAGAAAACUUCCAGAUUUUAAAUCUGAAUUCCUCAAUCACUGAAGUAUUUAGUACUGUAUUAGUUCUGUUUGGUUGUACUGGUUUAAACUGCCCAUAACGUCUGAGCCUUUUGUUUAAGACAAACGUUGUGAGACUGAUCAGAGUGCUCGCGUUUAGGAGAACUACUGUAAAGUGGGCCAGUUUGUUUGUGUUACCUCUACAAAAAGUCUCUGUUUCUGUUCUCUAGAGAGACUUAAAGUUGAAUUUUCAAGACGUUUAUCUUGGAUUCAUCACCAGUCUGAGCAGUUGAAGCCCUUUCCAGUUUCAGAAUGCAAAUAUGUUUGUUUAUGUAUUUAGCAGACGCUUUUGUCCAAAGCGACUUACAAGUGAUAAUCGGCAUGUUGCCCUUGAGGCUAACAACAAUAACAACCACUUGACAUCAAUCAUGGAGAGGAGGGAACAAAGGAGUGGACGGUGGGGGGUGGGGGGGUGGGGGUGCAGGGAAGGUGCUAGUUUAGAAGAUGCUCUCUGAAGAGCAGGGUCUUCAGGGGUUUCUUGAAAAUUGAAAAGGAAGCCGCUGUUCUGGUAGUGCUUUAUAUUUAUAACCUCUCCUCUUACUCCAAGAUAAAUGAAAGUUUACUUUAUCUUUGACAUUUUAUUUAUUUUUUCCAGCAGUUACAGCUGCGUUUUGACACAGAUGUACUUGAGUAAUCAUUUUGGACAAAUCAAUCGUCAUUUGGGCUGUUUUCUACUCGGGGACUCUCACUCCUGCCAGAGCCAAACGGCGAAACCAGAAACAGUUUGACAGAAAGACCUCCUGCUGAAUUUACUUUGCUUAUUUUACCUCCACACUAUUACUGAAAAGGUGUGGCAGUUGUGCUGAGUAUAUCAAAGCAAUAAAAUGCACCUAAUUUAACAUUUUUUCGAGUGACUGCUCAUUUAAACAAGCAAACUUCUAACUUUAACAUUUGUGUUGAUAGCUGGACUGUCAGAAAUCCCAAUCAGUGUGUUUCUAGAUGCGAACGAGAUUCAGAGGUUCCAUUAUAUUUCAAAACAUGGACUUUUUUGUAUAAUAAAAUGGGUGUAUGUUUGAUAUAUUUCUUCAUUAUAAAUAUAUCUAUGUAAUCUCUUGCUGUGCACUAUUUUCCUAAAAUAGAUGUAAAGUCUGAGUAUAUUUUUGUCUAAAUAAGAAGGUUUCAUGUUUCGGUUUAAAGAUGUUCAUUAAGCACGAUCAAAGAGAGAAAUAUUUAUAGUCUCUGGCAACAGUUUUAUUUUUAGAGAGGAGCUUUCAGAGACCAUAUUUGCAUUUUGUAGGAGAAAAAUGAAUGCUGUUGCACAGUUUAGUGCUGUUGGUAAAUAAUUUCAAUCAUUUUGGUAUCAAAUCAGAAGCCAACAUUGUGUUUUUAAAUGUUGAUGUGUAAACGUAGUGUUUGACUGCUUCUAUCGUGCUUUAUUUACAUGAUGUUGAUAUUUACUGGUUCAAUAAAGUUUGAUAAAACAUU